AUGGAUACAGAGGCGCCAACCGCCGGCAGCCGAGGCUGGCUGGCGGCCCUGCUCUGGUUUCUGCUGCUGCCGGCAGGCAUGCGAGGGUUCUGGUCGGAGGCCUCCCGUGCCCCGGACCCUGCUACAGAUGAGGCUGAAGCCGAGGAGCCGGGUCGGCCUGAGCGCGGAGCACAGCGGUUGGCGCCUGUGGCAGAUGCUGCUGUGGCCCCCUCAUCCCCCUUGCCCCGCCCCGCCAGACCCCUGGGCCCUCAUCCCCUCUGGGCCCUCGUCCCCCCAGGACUUGCUGGCCUGUGCUCUGCUCUGCAGCCCUCAGCAGCAGUCAUGAAGGCAGGGGUGGGGGGUGUCUCUGCAGUGUGUGGGAAGCCCAAGGCAAUGGGGAGGAUCUACGGCGGCCGGGAUGUGUUGGCGGGCCAGUGGCCAUGGCAGGCCAGCCUGCUGUACCAGCGCACACACGUCUGUGGAGCUGUCCUCAUUGACCCCCUCUGGCUGGUUUCCACUGCCCACUGCUUUCUCAACAAAUCCCACGCACCAGCGGACUACCGGGUUCUGUUGGGAAGCACGCGGCUGUACCAGCACACCCAGCAUGCACAGGAGAUGUCCCUGAGCCGGAUUAUCGUGCACCCAGACUUUGAGAAGCGUCACCCCUUCGGGAGCGACAUAGUCAUGCUGCAGCUGCACCUGCCUGUGAACCUCACCUCCUACAUCGCCCCUGCCUGCCUCCCGAGCCCUGGCAUGCAGCUGUCCCCCAGCUUGUCCUGCUGGAUCACCGGCUGGGGGAUGCUCAGCGAGGACAAGCAUCUGCAUUCGCCCUUCCAUCUGCAGGAGGGUAAGGUGAGCCUCAUUGAGAACGAGUUCUGUAACGUCUUAUACAGACAAAGACUUAGCAACAGCAAGACCUACUCUGUGCAAGAGGAGAUGCUGUGUGCUGGGGACUUCUCGACGGGAAAGGCCAUCUGCCAAGCUUCCAGAGACAUGUUUAUCAGGGGAAUAGUGGGAGUUUGUGGGUCCCCAUUAUACUUGCUUUCUGGGUCAGCACACAGGGAUCCUGAAGAGAUCCAGGAUCCAGGAUCCAGGAUCCAGGAGAGGGGCCCAACCGUCAAGCUCUGGUGCUUUCUAGUGUAUGAUCAGAGAAUCCCAGGCCCUGUGCUGGCAGGGACUAGAACUAGCACCGUGAUCUAG